GGGGCUGCUGCCCGGUGUCAAACUGAGCCGCCUCCCAGCGCCCCGCUGCCGGCGGGUGGGAGGGGGGCGGGAGCCGGGGGCUCCGCCGCUCCGGAGCAGCCUGUAGCAAUGCUUUGGUUUAGUUGCUCGUAGUUGCUGAAGUAAAAGAAACCUCUAUCCUCCCGAUGCUAACUGUUGACAUGGAAAACAAGGAAAAUGGCUCUCUGGAUGUCAAAAAUUCAGUAGAGAACGGGAGACCUCCGGAUCCUGCUGACUGGGCUGUUAUCGAUGUUGUGAAUUAUUUCAGAACAGCUGGAUUUGAAGAACAAGCCAAUGCUUUUCAAGAACAGGAAAUUGAUGGCAAAUCAUUACUGUUGAUGACAAGGAAUGAUGUACUGACUGGACUUUCAUUAAAACUGGGGCCUGCGCUGAAAAUCUAUGAAUAUCACGUAAAACCUCUACAGACACAACAUCUAAAGAACAGCUCUUUAUAGUGAAUUGUCUAAUUGGGGUCAUGUUGUGCCUCAAACAAUUGCAAAAAUAAGCAAUUUGGUUUCAUGUGAUGGAACUUUGUAAAGAGAGAAUAUAUCUAUUAAGAAUAUAAACCAAAUUACAUUAUAUAUCCUAUUGGAUAGAGUUGGCAAUAUACUAUAUACUGAGUCUGAAUUGAGAGAGGUAGUGUGUAUUUUUUAAAUAGUACAUAAUGAUUUUCUCUUUUAGGAAGUGUCAAUGAGCAUGUUGAGAUAGCUACAUCACUGUACCCAGAACAAAAGGGAGCUAUGUCAUUCUCAUUUUUGAGCCAGACAUGUUCUUGAUUUCAUGACUUAAAAUACCAAAAAAAACCCAAAACCUCCACCCAAAUGAAGUUUAUGUGCAUCUUUGGGAGAGAGAAACCAAUUCAAGUAGGUUUUGGUUUACACUAAAGACCUACUAAAAUUAUUGCUACUUAUAAUUUUAGGAUGGGACUGAUACUUGCCAACUCACCCUUUUUUGCAGAGGGUCCUAUUUUGACCUUAUUAAGGUUUACUCAUGAUAUGCUGCAAUGUUUAAAGCUACAACUAACAUAACCCCUUCGAUAGCAGAAGGUGUUGCUGACAGGUGAAACUGGGUUGUGUAUUUUUUGCUGUAUUUUAAAUUUUCAGCUUGUUUUCACCUGUUUUUAAUAGUAGUCCUGUGUAAAGUACAGUUGUUUUUUUAAAAGUUUGUGUUGCUUUGCAAAGCAAAAAAAGCUUCAUUUUAUUCCUUUUUUUAAUUUAUAACUUGUUUUCUAAUAUUAUGCAGAAAUUUGUAAAAAGAGUAAAAUUCUGCACAUUUUUAAUAUUGUCUGUCGUUGGUGUUGUAAUGGUUGAUUUUUUUUUAAUGCUUUACUUAAUGGUUUGAAUACUUGUUUUAAAAACUGAAAGAAGCUGUCUCGUCACCAUACAUCUCUGUUAAAAGAGAGUCUUGUUCAAUCUGUUUGUACCAGUUCCCUAUUUGAUAGGUUGCUUGCUAUAUCCCAAUAAAGCAUUGCUUAUGUUUGGAUUCAGUUUAUUUGACAAAUCUUUUACUUCCUGUGUUUCUUUGUUGUGGUAUAUUGGAGCUCCUAUUUUUCCCCAUUUUUCCAUUAAAAAGGUACCAAAACCUACUUAA